CCCGGAGGAGCCUUCCUGCCGCGGAGCCUUCGAUCUCUACUUCGUGCUGGACAAGUCUGGUAGUGUCACAGACCAUUGGUUUGAAAUUGUUGACUUUGUGAAACAGCUGACAGACCGAUUUGUGAGCCCUCGGAUGAGAGUAUCCUUCAUCGUAUUUUCCAUGAAACCAAAGAUUGUCCUGCCGUUAACCCAAGACAGACAACAAAUUGAAAGAGGCAUUGAGGAGCUACGCAUGGAGAAACCAGGAGGUGAAACGUACAUGCACUUAGGAUUACAAGAGGCAAAUAAUCAAAUUGAAGCAGCAGGUGGCUCAAAAUCGAAUAGUAUCAUCAUUGCUCUGACAGAUGGGAAGCUGGAAGGCCUCAUUCCACGAUACGCCGAAAAAGAGGCCAACCAUGCUAGAGAGCUGGGAGCGAGGGUUUACUGUGUCGGUGUCCUCAAUUUCAACCAAGAGCAGCUUGAAAGUAUAGCUGAUUCGAGCGAGCAAGUGUUCCCCGUCAGGGAAGGAUUCAAAGCCCUUCGAGGGAUAAUUAAUUCUAUAUUGAAGCAGUCGUGCACGGAGAUUUUAAACCUGGAGCCCUCCAGCGUUUGUGUGGGAGAGGAAUUUCAGGUCGUUCUCAGAGGAAGUGGCUUCAAUUUGGGAAGGACAAAGGAGAGUGUCGUUUGUUCCUAUGUUGUAAAUGGAACAACAAUAAAUGAAAAGCCCAGGAGGGUGGAAGCUGAUUUUAUGCUGUGUCCAGCACCUAUUCUCCAUGAAGUUGGCCAGAAAGAGUUUUCUCUCCCUUGAUAGUAUUCAAGUUGG